UCUCUUCUACAUCUACCGCUGCCUUCGUUCUUUGCUUCUGCAUUAAUGAGGCUUGGAAGUCAGUGAUUAUUCAAGUCAUUGGGAGGCCAAUCCGCCUUCCCAGCGCUCCCUCGCAAAAUGAAGUUCGGCAAGCAUAUCCAGAAGCGGCAGCUGGACAUACCAGAAUACGCUGCGAGCUUUGUCGACUAUAAGGCAUUAAAGAAGCUCAUCAAAAAGUUGAGUGCUACACCGAUCAUCCAGCCCCAACAUGAGUCGAUUGCAACACCAGAGAUACUCGAUGCACAGGCGUCUUUGCAAGCAAACAAGGCAACGUUCUUCUUCCGUCUAGAGCGUGAGCUUGAGAAGGUCAACAAGUUUUAUCUACAAAAGGAAGCUGAGCUCAAGUUGCGAUUGACAACUUUAUUGGAUAAGAAGACAUCCAUGCAGUCUCGGCCUGCCCCAGUCAAAGUCUCCUCGAAAUUUAUUUCCCUUGAAGAAGGUUUCAAGCAGUUCAGUGGUGAUUUGAAUAAGCUCCAGCAAUUUGUCGAAGUCAACGCUACGGCGUUCUCGAAAAUAUUAAAGAAGUGGGAUAAAACUUCUAAGGUAACGUAAUGAGAGUGAAGGGACUGAGCAUCACACUUAUGAUAA